CUGCGAACAUGUAAGCUUUUUAUAGUGGCAAGUGUUAGAUGUUCUGGGAAGAUCAUCUGGUAUUUGUCAUUCGAGUAAACGUUAAGCCCGACUGCUGAACCGUGGAAACAAUGAUGAGGUCCCUAUAGAUAGUUUUCAUCCUCCGGCCUUUCUUGGUUAACCGUCGGGAUCCCCGUUUUACCACCGACGCUAGAGCGUGUUAAUUUUCCGACUCAACUAUAACCUCCGAAUAGUAUCUUGGUUCAGAUCACCUCCGUGAGGUUUCAAGUCUUUCAUCAUCCUGUGUUCGUCUAACGUACACUUGUAAUACCGCGCCUAGACCACAGACGAGAUGCAUUAGGAACUUGGCAUUAGUAGUUACCCUCGGCCCACUGUCCAACCAUGUUGACUUUCGUGUCACAAGGAGGAAAUGCAACACAAGGAAUAAAUUUAUAACUAAAGACUUAUGAUCUGCAAGAUCGGCUUCCAUCUUUUCCUUCCCAUUUUCCUUCCCUCUUAGCUCAUGGGCCAUUGCCUUCAUAGUUGCGAGAAUUAUACCUCGGAGACCGCGCAAUGGAUGCUAGACACUCUUCGCCAGAGACUCCAGACACCGAGAAGGACCGGCCGGUAGUCGAUCUGGAGGAAAUUGGGGAGCGCGAGGGCUACAUGCUUUACACGUCGCGUACCCAGAAUCAGAACCUAAAAACUACAGAUGAUGGCCAGACCGUGCUCAUCCCGCAGCCCACAAACUUUCCUCAUGAUCCGCUCAACUGGUCGCCGUUCAGGAAGAAUCUUAUUCUUUUCGUUAUUUCGGCGACUGCGUUUCUGCCGGACUAUGGGAGUGCUACGGGUGCGGUUACGCUUAUCCCACAGGCUAAACAGUGGAAUAUGACAGAAGACCAUGUCAACCAUUCACAGGCUGGUAAUAUCUUUAUGCUGGGUGUCGGCGGUCCCGUCGUUGUCGCUCUGUCUGCAUACUUCGGUCGUCUUCCGGUGCUGUUCUAUUUUGUGUUGUUGGCACUUGCUACCGCAAUCUGGUGCACUGCAGCGCAAUCGUUCGAGUCAUUCAUGGCUGCCCGGAUCCUCAAUGGAUUUUUCUCCACGGUUGCACAAGGAGGUGGCCUCAUGUUCAUCAAAGACAUGUUCUUCUUGCAUGAACAGGCUCGCAAAAUCAACAUCUGGUCCGGAUCCAUCAUCCUCUCGCCCUAUCUGGGCCCGAUGUUCGCAGCCUUCAUAACAAACACCCAGAUCUGGCAAUGGGCUUUCGGUUUAUACAGUAUCGAAACCGGUCUCUGUCUAAUCGCCAUCAUUCUCUUCGUCGAGGAAACAUACUACGAUCGCAAAACUCACCAGCCAGAACUAAUCCCCGAUGCUCCACGAUGGAAACGCAUGCUGGGCAUCCAGCAGCGGCGCAGCGGAUACAUCAUUAACACCCCGAAGGAUGCAAUCAUGCGUCCAAUCACCGUAAUCAUGAAGCCGGUAGUACUGCUAUCCACGAUUUACUACAUGCUUACUUUCGCCUGGGUGGUAGGUGUCAACACGACACUCUCCAUCUUCGUAGGCCCAUUAUAUGGCUUCGGUCCCAAGCAAAUCGGGUUCUUCUACUUCACCCCUGUCAUAGCUGCCAUCCUCGGCGAACUAACCGGCCACUGGCUCCACGACUACCUCGCCAAACAGUCCACAAAACGGAACAAAGGCCGUCUAGAGCCCGAAGCCCGUCUCCUCGCCAUCUGGUUCGCAACACCCUUUAUCCUAGCCGGUAUAAUUCUACUCGGCUUCGCCCUCGAAGGCGCAUACCACUACAUGCUCACCGCAUUGGGAUGGGGGUUGUACGUCUUCGGCAUCAUGAUCGUCACUGUCGCCAUUAAUACCUACGUGCUUGAUAGCUACCCAGAGGCGAGUGGGGAGGUUGCUGCGUGGGUUAACUUUGGACGCACGACUGGUGGGUUUAUUGUUAGUUAUUUUAUGGUUGAGUGGGCGAAUAAACAGGGUGCAAGGAGGCAGUUUGGGACUAUGGCGGGGAUUGUGGCGGGGGCCGUUUUGAUUGUUUUGCUGUUGCAGGUUAAGGGGAAGGGCAUGAGGGGGUGGGCUGGGCCGGUGAAUUUUAAGACGGGUUGA